AUGUACUCUCUCUCUCUGUCUCUCUCUCUCUGUCUCUCUCUCACUCUCUCUGUCUCUCUCUCUCUGUCUCUCUCUCUCUCUCUCUCUCUGUCUCUCUCUCUCUCUCUCUCUGUCUCUCUCUCUCUCUCUCUCUCUCUCUCUCUCUCUCUCUCUCUCUGUCUCUCUCUCUCUGUCUCUCUCUCUCUCUCUCUGUCUCUCUCUCUCUCUCUCUGUCUCUCUCUCUCUCUCUCUCUCUGUCUCUCUCUGUCUCUCUCUCUCUGUCUCUCUCUCUCUGUCUCUCUCUCUCUCUCUCUCUCUCUCUCUCUCUCUCUCUCUCUCUCUCUCUCUCUCUCUCUCUCUCUGUCUCUCUCUCUCUCUCUCUCUCUCUCUCUCUCUCUCUGUCUCUCUCUCUCUCUCUCUCUCUCUCUCUCUGUCUCUCUCUCUCUCUCUCUCUCUCUCUCUCUCUCUCUGUCUCUCUCUGUCUCUCUCUGUCUCUCUCUGUCUCUCUCUCUCUCUCUCUCUCUCUCUCUCUCUCUCUCUCUCUCUCUCUCUCUCUGUCUCUCUCUCUCUCUCUCUCUCUCUCUCUCUCUCUCUCUCUCUCUCUCUCUCUCUCUCUCUCUCUCUCUCUCUCUCUCUCUCUCUCUCUCUCUCUCUCUCUCUCUCUCUCUCUCUCUCUCUCUGUCUCUCUCUCACUCUCUCUGUCUCUCUCUCUCUGUCUCUCUCUGUCUCUCUCUGUCUCUCUCUCUCUCUCUCUCUCUCUCUCUCUCUCUCUCUCUCUCUCUCUCUCUCUCUCUCUCUCUCUCUCUCUCUCUCUCUCUCAGUAACAACCCGUCUGUGAUCGUCCAUUCUGGGGGUAAUCACUCAUUCUGUCUCUCUCUCUUCCUCAGUAACAACCCGUCUGUGAUCGUCCAUUCUGGGGGUAAUCACCCGUUGCCAGUCGAGUCUCCGGACUCCAUGAAGAAGAGACGAAUCCACCGGUGUGAUUUCAACAGCUGCAACAAAGUCUACACCAAGAGCUCUCACCUGAAGGCACAUCGCCGCACACACACAGGAGAGAAGCCCUAUAAGUGCAUGUGGGAGGGGUGCACGUGGAAGUUCGCCCGUUCGGACGAACUGACCCGUCACUUCCGUAAACAUACGGGCGUCAAACCGUUCCAGUGUCCCGACUGCGAACGCAGCUUCUCCCGUUCCGACCACCUGGCUCUACAUAAGAAACGACACCUGCUGGUCUGAACGGCAACGCGGCGGCUGUGAAACGUCUGUUCGACACACAAGGCAUCGCGAACGCAGCCCGUUGGAUAGUUGGUCCAUACCGACCCCAAGACAGGACCGUUGGACAGAGAGACCCGGGACUUAAACAUCCUCUGUCUAUCACUUUAUUCAGUCAGCCAAUCAGCCGUCCUCUUCCUCUUCCUCUCCACUCCUCCACCUCUUCUUAGUACCAGUACUCCCCGUUGUCUCCCAGUGCUCCCCGUUGUCUCCCAGUGCUCCCCGUUGUCUCCCAGUUGUCUCCCAGUACUCCCCGUUGUCUCCCAGUACUCCCCGUUGUCUCCCAGUGCUCCCCGUUGUCUCCCAGUGCUCCCCGUUGUCUCCCAGUGCUCCCCGUUGUCUCCCAGUACUCCCCGUUGUCUCCCCCUGCUCCCCGUUGUCUCCCAGUGCUCCCCGUUGUCUCCCAGUGCUCCCCGUUGUCUCCCAGUGCUCCCCGUUGUCUCCCAGUGCUCCCCGUUAGCUCCCCGUUGUCUCCCAGUGCUCCCCGUUGUCUCCCAGUACUCCCCGUUGUCUCCCAGUGCUCCCCGUUGUCUCCCAGUGCUCCCCGUUGUCUCCCAGUGCUCCCCGUUGUCUCCCAGUGCUCCCCGUUGUCUCCCAGUACUCCCCGUUGUCUCCCAGUACUCCCCGUUGUCUCCCAGUGCUCCCCGUUGUCUCCCAGUACUCCCCGUUGUCUCCCAGUGCUGAAGGCGGAUGGUGUUCGUAGGCCCAGAUCUAGGAUCAGCUAAACCUCCAGACGUCUUGACCUUAGACCAUAGAGAUAGACAGACAUCUUAACCAUAGAGAUAGAACGAAGACUCAACUUUGUACGGCGUCUGUGACAGCAUGGGCAGCACCAAUGAUCUCCAUUUUAAAGUAAUACAUUUUUUAUAUAUAUAUAUAUAUUUUUUUAAAGCAGAUAUUUGUGAUUUUAGCGCCAUCUGCAGUGCCGGAGUCCUGGACCUCAGGUUUAUUGUGGCCACUAGAUGGCGGUGAUAUAUCUCCGUAACAACCUAUUUGAAGAAGAAGAAGUCAUUUGCUAUGCUCAUCGUUCUCAAAUCCCAUAAGGAUUCCCUACCCAGUUUGACUACUUUAAAAUGGUGGAAGCCCAUGCAAAAAAAAAAAAAAAAACGGGUUCUAAUCCUUCCUCU